AUGUCUUCUCAAGCAGACUACAAAGACCGGGAGUUUCUCGCUGUCAUCGGCGACGAGGACUCUGUAACGGGCCUCUUGCUCGCUGGCAUCGGCCACAUCACCACCGGCGCCGACGCACAGAAGAACUUCCUCGUGGUUGAUAGCAAGACGGAGACUGCAGCCAUCGAGUCCGCCUUCGACAACUUCACGGAGAGAAAAGACAUUGGCAUUGUCUUGAUAAACCAGCACAUCGCCGACCGGAUACGGCACCGAGUCGAUUCCUACACCGCCGCCUUCCCUACCGUUCUCGAAAUCCCCAGCAAAGACCACCCCUAUGAUCCCGAGAAGGACAGCGUGCUGAGACGGGUGCGUCGUCUGUUCGGAGAGUGA